GACAACCAUAUAUCAAUAAUUAAAUCCUAAACAAUUGUGCCUCUUCUCUUCAUUGGAUCGUGUUCAUCUAUUAACAUGCAAGGCUACGGAAGGUGCUUCAAACUCUUUCUUGCAUUUUCUCUGCUUUUGCUACAAUACGCCCAAGGAGGAGAGGUGGACCACAGUCAGAGGGAUACUAACGUGACCGGGAGGUGCAUAGAGAGGGAAAGGCAAGCACUCCUUGCAUUCAAACGUGGCCUGGUGGAUGAGUCCGAUUUCCUCUCUUCAUGGGGUUCAGAAGCAGAAAAACAAGAUUGUUGCAGAUGGGUGGGAGUCUAUUGCAGCAACCAAACUGGCCAUGUUCUUCAACUUGAUCUUUCACCCAAAGUCAUAGUCGAAGUUAUUCAAGGUAAGUUGAUUAGUCCUAAACUGAUUGAGUUACACCAUUUACAACAUUUGGCCCUUUCUUCGAUUGAUUUCAAUGGGAUCCAAUUUCCAUAUUUCAUUGGUUCUCUAACCAAUUUAAGAUACCUUGAUCUGUCUUUGACUUAUUUUGGAGGCAAGUUUCCUAGUCAGGUCGGAAAUCUUACGAACUUAGAGUACCUAGACUUAAGUGCUAAUCGCUUUACAAAUGUAGAAAAUCUCCAUUGGCUUCCUCUUCUCUCGUCGUUAAGAUAUUUGGACUUGAGUUUCACAAAUCUCAGCAAUGUUUUCAAUUGGCCGGAAACCGUUAAUAAGCUUCCUGAACUAACAAACUUGACACUAUAUGGAUGUGAUCUUCCUUCUCCAAUUCUUUCCACUCUUUCUUACAUAAACUCUUCAAAAUCUCUUGCUAGCGUUGACCUUUCUUUCAACCGUUUGAAUAAUUCUUCAAUAUUUGUAUGGUUGUCCAACUAUAAUACCAGCCUUGUUUAUCUUGACCUCUCUGGGAACCUUCUAGCCGGUUCAAUUCCUGAUGUUUUUGGAAACAUGAGCUCUCUGGCACUUCUUGAUCUCUCUCAUAACCAACUUGAAGGAGGGGACCCGCAUUCUUUUGCCAGGUUAUGUAGUUUGCAAUAUUUGGAUCUCUCAAGGAAUAAUCUGAGUGGACAACUUUCUAAGUUUGUUCAAAUAUUAUUCUCCACAUGUGCUCAAAACUCAUUGGAGAUGUUGGAUAUUCGUUAUAACCAAUUGAGAGGAGGAAUACCUGAAAGUAUAGGGCUAUUGUCUCAGCUCCAAUAUAUUGAUUUUAGCAUGAAUUCUCUGGAAGGAGUGAUUUCAGAAACUCAUUUAUCAAAACUCUCCAAAUUACAGAGUUUGGAUUUAUCUUCUAACUCGCUAGUUUUUGACAUCCAUGCUGAUUGGAUUCCUCCCUUCCAACUGCACUCCAUAUAUUUGGGGUCUUGCAAGAUGGGUCCGGAUUUCCCAAAGUGGCUUAAAACUCAAAAAAAAUUCUCAUACCUUGAUAUUUCUGAUGCUGGAAUUUCCAACAACCUUCCAAGUUGGUUUUGGAGUUUAUGUCGUAAUGUGAUAUUCAUGAAUCUCACAAGCAACCAAAUUAGAGGUACAUUUGCAAAUUUGACAUUCGAAUUUUCACAUUUCCCUGAACUACAUCUGAGUUCGAACAAGUUGGAAGGUCCAAUCCCCUCAGUUCUAUCAAAAGUCUCAUAUCUAGAUCUCUCUUAUAAUAAACUUUCAGGGUCAAUUUCGUUCUUGUGUUCAAGUGCAGCUAUUGGUUUAAGCUUUCUUGACCUCUCAAACAACAAUGUUUCUGGACAAGUUCCAAAUUGCUUGACACACUUGGAGAAUCUAGUCAUUCUUGAUUUGAGUUACAAUGUUUUGUCCGGGAAAAUUCCUACAACAAUAGGCUCUGUAUUUCGGAUUCAAACACUCAAAUUAAGAAGCAAUAGAUUUGUGGGACAAUUGCCUUCUUCGUUGAAGAAUUGCACAAACUAUGAGGAUGAUGCAACAUUCAUAUGGAAAGGAGGAAUGCAAACAUACAAAAGUACUUUGGGGCUCAUGAAGAGAAUUGAUCUGUCAAGCAAUAAAUUAACAGGGGAGAUACCAAGUGAAAUCACUCAUCUUGUUGGGUUGGUUUCUUUAAACCUAUCAAGAAACCAAUUAACAGGUCAAAUAACUCCAAAGAUCGGAAACUUGCAGUUAUUGGAUUCUCUUGAUUUGUCAAGAAACCAUAUAGACGGAAGAAUUCCAACAAGCCUUGCUCGGAUAGAUCGUCUUGGUGUCUUGGACUUGUCAUAUAACAACUUGUCUGGCAAAGUUCCAGUCGGGACUCAGCUCCAAGGCUUUGAUCCCUCUGUUUAUGUUGGGAAUCUUCAACUUUGUGGGCCUCCACUUAAAAAGAUGUGUGUUGAUGAAGUGGAAAGAGGUCCAAGUGAGCAAACUGACUUCAUCAACCAAGAGGACAAGGAUGGGCUAAUAACACUAGGAUUCUACAUUAGUAUGGGGCUUGGAUUUGCUGCUGGAUUUUGGGGAGUUUGCGGCACCUUGAUAUUUUCAAGGUCAUGGAGGUACACAUACUUGAAGUUCUUGAAUGGUUUAAAUGAUUGGCUUUUUGUGAGGAUAGCUUUGUUGAAGCGGCAAUUGAAGGAUGCUUAA